AUGGCCAAGGAAGCCUGGAUCAUGCUGAAAAACAUGAAUCUAGGUGCGGAAAGAGUGAAAGAAGUUAGAACGCAGACUCUCUGGCGGGAGUUUGAAGCGUUGAGGAUGGGUGAUUCAGAAAGUAUUGAUGAGUAUUUUGGAAAACUCACCAUUAUUGUCAACAAAUUGAGAGGCCUCAGCAAUACUGUGGAUGAUAUCCAAGUAGUUAAGAAACUUCUACGAUCCACCUCUGCAAAGUUUCUUCAAAUUACCUCAACGAUUGAGGAGUUCAGUGAUCUCAAAACGAAAUUCGUUGAUGAGAUUAUUGGAUCACUCAAGGCACAUGAAGAAAGGUUGCAAGGGUUUGGAGAAAAAUAUGAAACCGUUCUCCUCACUCAUGCAGAAUGGAAGGAACGAGAGACUGCAAAUUCCUCAAAGAAAGAAUGGAAGGAUCAAGGCAGUUCCAAAGGAGGCCGGGGACGGGGUCGCAAAAGAUGGAGAGGCCGUAGGAGAAGUGACUGGCAUCGAGGAGAUGAAGGAGACUCGCAAACUGAAAAGAAGAGAUUUGACAAGAGUAAAAUUAAAUGUUUCAAGUGUCAGAAAAUGGGACACUUCGCAUCAGAGUGUUCCACAAAAGACGAACAACUCAACCUGAUAGAGAUGCAAAAGGAUGAGGAAUCUUCACUGCUGAUGAUAGAGGCGUGUGAAAUUAAAACCACACAUGACAAAGAGCCUAAUUUUGUGAUGUUGAAUGAAACUAUAGUGCCGCCACCAGAAAAUAUUGGAGCUGAAAAUUCCUAG